GCGGGUGUGUUGAUGUUUUCAGUUUAAUGUAAAUCUGUGAUAAAAAUAAUACAUUUAUUUACUAAGGAGCAAUAAAACGCCCCAAAAUGCAUCGCCGGGGCGGCAAGCGAAUUCGUAUGGACGAACCUCCUCCGGAGUACGAUAACCCAAUGACUCCGCAAGUGGAAACCGACCACUAUGGAGCAUAUGGACAAAAUAUGUACCAGGACCACUAUGGAGAUCACAGCAACCAAGUCCCAGAUAUGUUUGAAUCACCACCUACUCCUGGUAUGCGUAGAGUUACGAGGGCAAGGGCUAGGGGCGUUACAAACCCUCCACCGCCUGUUGUUUCGCCAUCUUUCUCUCCUACAAGUACUACCACAACUACAACAGGUAGGGGUAGAGGCAGAGGGAGGCCUCCAGGACGUAAGAACAAUGUAGAUGGUGGUAUUCAUGAUGAUUCUUUGUACACCAUAAUUAAAAACAGCAAAACCUCGCUAACAAAUAUUGUUGAUGACUGGAUAGAGAACUAUAAAGCCAACAGAGAGGCUGCUCUAAUAUCUUUGAUGCAAUUUUUUAUAAAUGCAGCUGGAUGUAAGGGGAGAAUUACCCAACAAAUGCAAGCCACCAUGGAACAUGUUGCAAUAAUUCGUAAGAUGACUGAAGAAUUUGAUGAAGAUUCAGGAGAAUACCCUCUUAUUAUGGCUGGUCAGAUGUGGAAGAAAUUCAGACAGAAUUUCUGUGACUUUGUGCAAACGUUGGUGAAACAGUGCCAAUACUCAAUUAUUUAUGAUCAGUUUUUGAUGGAUAAUGUUAUUUCACUAUUAACUGGUUUGUCUGAUUCCCAAGUAAGAGCAUUUAGACAUACAGCCACCUUGGGGGCAAUGAAAUUAAUGACUGCUCUAGUGGAUGUUGCUUUAACAGUCUCUGUAAAUUUGGACAACACCCAAAGACAGUAUGAGUCUGAAAGGCAAAAAACCAGAGAAAAACGUUCCAGCGACAGGCUGGAAACUCUUCUGGGUAAAAGACAAGAGUUGGAGGAAAACAUGGAUGAAAUUAAGAACAUGUUGACUUACAUGUUUAAGUCUGUUUUUGUGCACAGAUACAGGGACACCUUGCCUGAAAUAAGAGCAAUAGCAAUGACAGAAAUUGGUGUUUGGAUGCACAAAUUUCAUGCAAACUUCCUUGAUGACUCUUACUUGAAGUACAUAGGGUGGACACUUCAUGAUAAAGUUGGUGAGGUAAGGUUGAGAUGUCUGCAGGCAUUACAGCCUUUGUAUGCCAGUGAGGAGCUUAAAGGAAAGCUGGAAUUGUUCACCAACAAGUUCAAGGACAGGAUUGUUGCUAUGACUUUGGAUAAGGAGUAUGAUGUUGCUGUACAGGCUGUCAGAUUGGUGAUUUCUAUUUUAAAACACCAUCAAGAUAUUCUUACUGACAAGGAUUGUGAACAUGUGUAUGAGCUGGUAUAUUCAUCGCACAGAGCGGUUGCCCAAGCGGCCGGCGAAUUUUUAAACGAAAGACUGUUCCAACCUGGCGACAUGGACGCGGGAAAAACCAAACGCGGCAAACGCAGACUGCCGAACACUCCGUUUAUAAGAGAUCUGGUGCAAUUUUUCAUUGAAUCCGAGUUGCACGAGCAUGCCGCCUACUUGGUGGACUCCCUCAUCGAGUCCAACAACAUGAUGAAGGAUUGGGAGUGCAUGACAGAUUUGUUGUUGGAGGAGCCCGGGCCGCACGAAGAACCGUUGGAUAAUAGGCAAGAGACGAGCCUAAUCGAAAUUAUGGUUUGUUGCGUCAAGCAGGCUGCCACUGGGGAUGCUCCUGUUGGGAGAGGGCCCACUAGAAAGUCCUCAUCUAAUAGGGAAACAAGGCUGGCUGGAGAAGACAAACAAAAACUAACGGAACAUUUUAUAAUAUCUCUUCCACCAUUGCUGGAAAAAUAUUCGGCCGAUCCUGAAAAACUGGCCAACUUACUAAGUAUUCCACAACAUUUUGAUCUAGAUUUGUAUACUAGUGGUAGACAGGAAGGCAACCUGCAAGCCCUGCUGGCCAAAAUUAAGCACAUUGCGCAGGUCCACCACGAACCAGAGGUCCUGGAAACCCUGGCAAAGACUUUAGAAAUCCUUAGUCUAGAAGGACACUCUAUCUACACGAAGUGCGACGUAGCCAGAUCGACCAUCAUCGACGUGAUGGUGAGCGCGUACAAGGAGGCCAUCGACGAUUGGCGCACGCUGUUGCUGGGCGAGGAGACGCCCAAUCAGGACGAGAUUUUCAACGUGGUCAGCUCUUUGAAGAAGUUGUCCAUGUUCUAUGCUUGUCACAAUUUGAAUCAGUGGGAGCUGUGGAACACUCUGUUCCAGGACUUUAGGGAUAUAGACAGCAAACUUCCAGCAGAAGCCCUUAAAUACUGUUUGAGCUCGUGCUACUACAACCUACUGUGGGGCCUGAGAGACCUGGAGGCGGCGAACGAAGGGGGCGGUUUGACCGGGUCGGGAAUAACGGAACUGCGGCAAAAACUAAACGACUUUAUCGAUGGUUCGCAGGAACUGAUAAAAUCCUCCCCGUAUCAAUCGAUAAAAGAGGAGGCGUACAUCGGUUUGUGCGAUUUGUUGAUCGUUUUUAGCGAGCAGUUGGGCGGAAGUGCGCAGUUCGUCUCCGAGUUGAUCUGCGCACCGGACCGUAACUUGCAGUUGUUGUUGAAUGAGUUCGUGCAGACGUAUGUUUUUGUGCCGGAACAAGACGCCGAGCAUGAUGAGCAUAGGAUUGAGGAGUUGCACAAGCGACGCAACUUUUUGGCGGCUUAUAGUAAAUUGAUCGUGUACAAUAUAAUGCCUACCAAAGCGGGCGCGGACGUGUUCAAACACUACGUUAAGUACUACAACGAGUACGGGGAUAUUAUUAAAGCCACAUUGAGUAAAGCAAGGGAGAUUAACAAAGUCAACUGCGCAUUAACAAUGUGCCUGUCGCUUAACAUGAUGUUCAACGAGGUGCAGCGUUUGGCGAACGGUCGCAACACUCGCCAGCACGAGGAGUUUUUCGCGCUGAAAGAGUUGGCCAAGAGGUUCGCCCUUUCCUUCGGGUUGGACGCUGUGAAAAAUCGCGAGGCUAUUACUGCGCUGCACAGGGCGGGUAUUUUCUUUGCGGUUAUCAACGGGGAUAACACGGAGGAUCCUACAGGUCCGCCGACCAAUUUGCCCUUCUUGGAGAUCUUGACGGAGUUCACGAAUAAGCUGCUGAAGCAGGAUAAGCGGGUGGUGAUGGCGUUCUUGGAUAGAAGAAUUACUACAGGUAUGCCUAGCAGCAGAGGCGAAGACUGGCAGCCGCUGUUACUGUACCGCAACUCCCUGUUACACGGCGAAACAGAUGCGUUACCGACCACCAGUAAGCGCGCCUACGGUCGGAAACGGAAGGAAGUGGAGUCGGACAACGAGCAGGACGACUUGUCCGACCAGGAUUUCCCCGGUAAUUUAUACGGUUAAAAUAAUAAAUAAAUAUCGUGGGUGUUAAGUACUGAGUAGCUUUACAUUUUGCAGCCUACGUAGUAGGUUUUGGCUGUAAGUCAAAUUUUAAAUUUCACGUACUAAAGUACUAUAGUAGCAUUUUUUAAAGCAUGUAUUAAACGGUUGGGAUUUGGU